AUGACAUCAGAGGUGAAUUGCAGGCGAUACAAGCUGCCAUCGAUCAAGAAAGCAGAUGGCCGGCUUCAAAGUGGCCAUCAAAACGAAAGCAGCAAAAAAGCCACUGUGAUCUGCUUCACGUUGAUGGUCUACCAGCAAUUUUGUGGAAUAAACGCGGUCACGUUCUACACACAGGAGAUCUUCUUAGCAGCUGGAUCCGACCUUGAACCGCAUUGGUGCGUCAUCAUUCUGGGAAUCGUCCAGGUUUGUGGUAACAUUGUGUGUCUCGUGGGCCAUUGA